AAAAGUAUCAGAAAUAAUGCUUGACAUAGGAUUCAGUGUUACACUCUUUGGCACUUUAGAGUAGCCUUUUCUCUCAUUUGAAAUAAGGUCUUUGUUAGCUCUACCUUUACUCAGAAAUUUAGUCCUACUAUAAAAAAUUAGGAGGAUUUUAAAAUAUAAUGCUGCCUGUCAUAGUGUAUUGCUAAAUUGCUCUGAGAGAAAAACAUUAUUAUUGAAUUGGGCAUAUAACUUGAGAUAUAUAUAUAUAUAUAUAUAUAUAUAUUUUUUUUUUUUUUUGCCCCUGAGACAGAGUGUUACUCUGUUGCCCAGGCUGGAGUGCAGUGGCACGAUCCUGGCUCACUGCACCCUCUGCCUCCCAGGUUCAAGCGAUUCUCCUGCCUCAGCCUCCCAAGUAGCUGGUACUACAGGUUCGUGCCACCACGCCUGGCUAAUUUUAGUUAUUUUAGUAGAGAUAGGGUUUCACCAUGUUGGCCAGGCUGGUCUCGGAACUCCUGACUGCAAGUGAUCCGUCCUCCUUGGGCUCCCAAAGUGCUGGGAUUAUAGGUGUGAGUCACCACACCUGGCCAACUUGAUUAUAUUAAUUUUGGGUUUUGUUUUGUUUUGUUUUGUUUUUUAAUUUUUCAAAGAAUUUGUAGAUCUUGAUAUAAAGUCAUUGGAACAUAUCUGUUUUAUCAGCAAGAGAUCCUAGGCAGAUACUUCAAAAGGUUAAAAAUUCUUAAUCCUACAGAAUUUUAAAUGAAUCUUAUCAAAUGUUUUGUAAACAAACAAUAUGAAUGGCCAAAAAAUUGCCCUCCAUUUUACUGGCAGGUAAUUUAUAUUGUCUAACUUAAGAAUUCUCCCCUAGUUUUUCAAUUGUACUUUACCCUGUUGUUUUUAAUGAGAUAAGUAUUUUCAUAGGGAAAGCAUUUUCCAGCAUAAUGUUUGCUUGGGUAGCAUCCAGGUUUCAGUAUUAACCAAGAGAGCCUUUUAAAUAUUGAAAACCCAUAGUUCAGAAAAUGUUAGUAUUGCUGCCCUUCUUCACAUAAAUUUUUUUAAAAAUUAUACUAUAAUUUUGCUUAAUUUUAUAUUGGGUUAAAACAACCUUCAAGAAGGUUAACUAGGAAAGAAGACCUUUUUGUUUUAUUUUUACUAUUUAUAUAUAGAAGACAAAUCAGCAUUUGGGGUUAGUUUUACAUGACCAGUUAUCAAACGGUCAUAGUAUGAAGUGUGCAGUUGUUCAUUAUUAGUAAAUUAUGUUUGAUUUUUAAACUAUUUAGUACUAAUAGUUGAGAUGAAAACUGAAGAAAAAUGCCAAUGUGACGUUUGUGUAUAGCUAGCCUUAAAAAACUUCCCAUGUUUUUAGGUGAUUUUUCUCCCCUUAGUACUCUGGAGAAACAAUGAAGAUGGGCCAUCUCAAUUCCAGAUGUAAACAAAAAGUAAUUUUUAUUUCAACAUUUAAUGUAACUGUUAUUAUUGUGGAUUCUUGUCUUGUGUAUUUUCUUUCCCUUAUUCAAGUAAUAUAGAAUAACUUUCCUUAAAAUGAUUUGAUCCAAGAUACGUCAUUUCUAUAUUGGCAAAAUGCCACUAUUAAAGUGUAAUUCUUGAAUUUAGGUUGAAUUGAUGACUUUUUAAAACAAAACAGAAACACUGGGCAUUUCUACAUUGUAUUGCGUUUGCGAAUGUGCGUGAACACACGCACACGUGCAGGAGAAUGUAGUGCCAUAAGAACACUGGCGCUUUUUAAAACUUUCCAAGCUAGCUACUUAUUUUCAUUUUUCAGGGUUGAGUACUCUAAGCUCUCUACUUACUGUGAGAAGUUUUCUACAUUGUAAAAUUAAAAGAUUAUAUUUAAAAUACUCCUUUAGGAUGUUAUUCAGCCAUCAAAAAAAGAAAAACAACUAAAAUGUCUUACCACUAAAGUAUUAUAUUAAAAGCCUCAUUUGUGGAGAUUCGCUGACUUCCUUAGUUAAGCUGUCUUGUAUUUACUUAAUUUGUCCCCUCAACCAGGUGUUUUCUUUUCAGCCUGUUACUGUCCUGUGCCAUUUUUAAAAAUAGCCAUAAUGAGUAAGGGCUUCUUUAAAAUAAUCCCUGACAAUAUCUUUGGCAUUAAUACCACAUAAAGAUAAGACAGUGUAUGUAUGUUUUCAUUCCUGUUUUGUACGAGUGCUACAUUUUGUAGUCAUGAAAGUAACAUAGUACCUUAAAUAAAAAUGUAAUGACUAAGGUCUAGGAAUAACUAUUGUAGAAGCUAAGUAGAACACUUAGUUUGGGGUGUCAAUUUUCUAUCAACGCAAACACCUUAGGGUACCCAGACCAAUUUUAUGUAUAUAUAUUCUGAAAUGCUCCCUUUUUUAUGUGGUCAUUUGUUGCCUUCUAAGUUGAGAGGACAAAACUGAAUAAAGUGAAUGUUAGUUGUAGUCUAGUUUUUUUGUUUUUGUGUUAUUGCAAGAUUGCUUUAAGAUUGCAGAAAUAUGCAUUAUUAGCCAGCAUAGAUAAUCCAGAUGUUUUAAUAUAAUAGGAAGGAAAAAUAACUCCAGUUAAAUGUGACUGUGGCGACUCCUUUUUAUGUAUAAAUUUAAAUGCAUAGUUGCAGAGGACACAUCCCUCCCCUUCUGUCUCCCUAACUUGAACUGUAGACCAUCCUCACUGGGAAGAGUAAGGCCCCACAUUUUGUGCAAUAGCAAGCUACUGCCCACUUCUGCAUGUCUGCUACGAGAUCAGAAAGUCAGUUUCACUAAGGUUGUCUUUUAGCCGAAUACUUAGAGUAAAACCAAUCAAAUCCAUUGUACAUACUUGACCAUAUGUCCCAGAUAAAAAAGGAAAGACUUGCAUGAUGUUUUUUUCCUUCUGAGUACCCUGAGGAGAUCCUUUUGCUUCAGACUAUUUACAAUUUUUCUUUGUUUAUAGGUUCAGAAUUUUUUCCAUGAUUGUUUUCCCCCAAACAAGUGCAUUUUUAUUUACUUUAAAUGCAGGGGUGAUAGAGGAAAUGCUAUUUGAACCAUAGACAUCUUUAAUCUGUGAAGUUGAAAUUUUUCAGCAAAGGAAAUUGCAUGGUGAAGUUCAGAAACUGGCCAUUAAUUUCCCCCUUCCACUCCACAGUUCAUAGCUACUCUUGUUGCAAACAUGUAGUGAUAAGGAGAACUAACAUGUCAAGGGGCUGAGAAGGUAACGUUUCCCUCCUCCUCCUCAAUGUUUUUAUUUUGGUGUCUGUUUUGUUUCUAGCACUGUAUUCAGUACUGUAGUUGAAUGAGGUAUGAUGUCUCCCUUCAAGGAACUCAGAAUGGAACAGAAACAUGAGCAAAAGAUUGUAUUACAGAGAUAUGAAUAAAAUGCCAUGGGAAACACAGAGAAAGGUUCACCCAGAGAGAUGGCCUAGCCACUUCCUUAGUGACUGUUUGGUAUAUGUAGGUCCCCCUGCCAUUACUCUUUCAGCCUUGUGCAGUCUAGUUCUACUUAGUCACACACUUCUCUAAGACCACUCAUACAUAAACACUACGUAGAGGCCCCUUGUUGCCUCAUUUUACAUUGUUUAGUUAUCAUUUUGAAACUUUUCUUUACAUAUGUAACAGUGCCGGAGGUUUUCUGCUUCUCUGUGUUUGUUCAGUAACUCUUCUUUAGGAUACACCUAAAGAUGAGAAGCUUCAUACCCAGUACUCCCAUUCAUUCACUCAUGUUUUUGGGAUCAGUCCCUUCUGCUGGCUGUGCAUUGGUCUAUUGGAACAGAAUAGAGUCCAGAAAUAACCCAACAUGUAUGUGGACAACUGAUUUUUGACAGAGGUGCAAAGGUCUAGAAAAAAUGAUGCUGGAAUAAUUGGGCAUCAGAUGCAAAAUUAAAAACAAACUGAUCCAUAUCUUAACACUGGCAAAGAUUAAAGUCAAAAUGGAUUAUAGUUCCCCAAAACUGUAUAAUUUCUGGAAGACAACAAGGAAAAUGUGUUCAGCCUUGGGUUAGGAAAAGAUUUCUUAAAUCCAACACCAAAAGCACAAUCCAUGAAGGAAAAAUCGAUCAAUUGUACUUUAUCAAAAUUGAGAACUUCUCUUUGAAAGGUACCAUAAGGAGAACAAAAAGACAAGCUGUAGAGUGGCAGAAAAUAUUUGCAAAACAUUUCUGAUAAAUGACUUGCAUCUAGAUUACAUAAAGAAGUCUCAAAACUGAACAAGUAAACCCAUUGUUUACUUAAUCGCUCUUUCUGCUGAGCUUGCUGCCUCUGCCCCUGCUCUGUCUUUUUUCCAUUUGUUUUCAACAUUGAAUCCAGAAUGUUCUUCUUGAGAUCCAAGUCAGAUCACACCAACCCUCAGAACUCUCCAAUAGACGACCAUGGCACUCAAAAGUCCACAAUAGCCUUCAGUGCUGGGCAAAACAUGAUGCACCCCUUUCCUCCCUUCUCUGACCCCAUCACCUCUGUGUUCACCCCGCUCCUGCCGUCCUCCUUGCCUCCAAAACAGGUCAGGCCUUAGUGCCUUUGCACUUACUAUUUGCCAUACCCAAAUGUUCUUCAUUCAGGCUCUUUAGCCUCUUCAUUUCUUUCCUGAAGUGUCAUUCUCACUGAGGCUUAUCUAAAGCUGCAGCUACUGGGGCAUUCCUGUCUCAUCUCCCUGCUGUAUUUUGUACUCCCGGCUCUCUUUUGUACUUUUAAACAUACCAUAUGGUUUACCUUUGUUGUUUAUAUUUGCAUGUUUUUUCCCACUUGAAUGUAAGCUCCAAAGAUUUUAUUUUUUUAAACUGAAUUAUUACUGUAUUCCCAGAACAAUUCCCUGGCAAAUAUUUGGUACUCAAUAGUAAUGCUAAGUUAGUAAAUAAAUGAUGAAUUUAGAAUCAAAAUAAUAUGUCUAUGGCCAAAAUAAAACCUGAAAUCCCUGUCCUAUUUCCCAGAGGUAACUGCUGUUAAUAGUUUAGUUAUGUGCUUCCAGACAUACCUUCACAGAAUCAUUUAUCACAAUAAAGGUGUCAUACUAUGCAGAUUGUUCGACAAGAUGCUUUUUUUCACUUUACACGGGCAUCUUUUCAUACCAUUGUGUGGCCAGGCCAUGAUUUGUUUUCCAAAAGACAUUUACCCAAUUUAUAUGGUGAAGAUUUUUGUCCAUAUUACUUUUUAUAGUAUUUCUGUAGGGUAAGUUCCCGGAAGUAAUAUUGCACAAUCAUCGAAAAAUUUUAGUGUUAAAUUACUGCCCCAUAAAGGUACUAAUUAACAUCUGUUUCAACAACAUAGAAGAUUACUUUUUUUUUUUUUGGGUGGGGGGGGUGGCGGGGACAGAGUCUUACUCUGUCGCCCAGGCUGGAGUGCAGUGGUGCCAUUUCUGCUCACGGCAACCUCCACCUCCCGGGCUCAAGCUAUUCUCCUGCCUCAGCCUCCCAAGUAGCUGGGAUUACAGGCACGCGCCACCACGCCCAGCUAAUUUUUGUAGAGAAGGGGGGGAGGUUUCACCAUGUUAGCCAGGCUAGUCUCGAACUCCUGACCUUGUGAUCAGUGCUGGGGUUACAGGCGUGAUCCACCUCGCCCGGAUCGAUUUCUUGUUUUCAUACUGUCAUCAACUUUAAAUACAAGUAUUUUCAGUUUUUGCCAAUGCUGUUAAUUUAGAAAUGUGUAUGUAUAUAUUGUCUGGUGGGUGUUUGGAUGGAAACGAUCAAAAUCGGGCAACUUCCCCAGUUUCCUUGAAGGGCUUGCCAUCGGCCCCUCCGGGAAGUAGCUCGCUGUAGUUCUCCAUCUUCCUGUUUUGAGGAACGCAGGAGGAGGUGGAUCUGGAUUCUCAUCCAUACGGUGGCUGUUAACGGCAACUGCAGUAGCCAGCCAGGUCACCCCCUAAAGCAAAGUUAACACCUUGCAUGGUGCCUUGGUCAGCACCCAUCAAAUUCGAGGUUUCUCCUGUCCUUCGACUCGAGGCUGUUUUGACAGAUGUGAUUUAUUUCCUCCUAGAGCCAGUCACAUUGGCUCAAGCAACCUAUCGUAAGAAAACCAAUACAAUAUUGUUUUAGCUGGAAACUGCCCACUGUCUAAGUGGCUUUUUAAAUGAAGAACUCAGGUUCACUACGGGACGGCUUAGGCCACGGAACAGCAUGUGCGAAGUUCGAAGCCCGAGACGUUUGGAGGAGCGGCCCCAGGCGCAGGCGGGUCCCGCAGCAGGGCCCGUGCCGCCCAGGCGAUCAGCCCCUUCACUUAACCCGCUUCCCUCCUAGCAGGCCCGAGUCCCCUCGCCUCAGCCUCACGCAGCCAGAGCAAGGGGAAGAGGGAGUCCUUCGUGAGCUCGCCGCUCACAUUCGGCGGUGGGAGACCGAUCCGAAGAUCCUUUUGUAGGCGAAACGCUCAGCUCGCGCGGCUCUGAACCACUGGGGAGCAGCGGCUGCUGCGAGCCGGACUGCGCCAGCACCUCCUUGUCCAGCCCCGGAACAGCCCCGCCUCGCUCAGGGCCGCGUGCGCGUGCGCGGCUCGAGGGGCGGGGACUGCUCGCGUCCCGGUUGCCUGGAUACCGAGCGCGUCCGUAGUGGCGGCUGGCGCUCGGGAACCGCAGGGUCUGGGGUGGUGUUGGAGUGGCAGUUGGUCCUAAUUUCUCCCGAAGCCCGCGGAGGAGCGGGUAAGAGCCCCGCAAAGCCGGCCCCAACCUCGGGAACGGGAUGGGAGGCGGCCCUGGCCGCAAGCCCCGCGCUGCUAGCGGCUCCACCGCUCCCUAGCCGACAGCUGCCCUUCUUCCUCGCAGCGUGCCGCGAUUCACCAGCCUGGUCCCUUCUGCGGAGAGCGAUGCCGCUUCCCAACACCAUGUUCUGCGCUCAGCAGAUCCACAUUCCCCCGGAGCUGCCGGACAUCCUGAAGCAAUUCACCAAGGCUGCCAUCCGCACCCAGCCGGCCGACCUGCUGCAGUGGUCCGCGGGCUAUUUUUCAGCUUUGUCGAGAGGAGAUCCACUUCCUGUAAAGGACAGAAUGGAAAUGCCCACGGCAACCCGGAAAACAGACACAGGCCUGACUCAAGGACUCCUGAAAGUUUUGCACAAGCAGUGUCACCACAAGCGGUAUGUGGAAUUAACAGAUCUUGAGCAGAAGUGGAAGAACUUGUGCCUGCCGAAGGAAAAAUUCAAAGCGCUCUUACAACUGGAUCCUUGUGAAAACAAAAUCAAGUGGAUAAACUUUUUAGCACUUGGAUGCAGCCUGCUUGGCGGGUCCUUGAACACUGCGCUGAAGCACCUGUGCGAGAUCCUCACGGACGAUCCGGAGGGCGGGCCCGCUCGCAUCCCCUUCAAGACGUUUUCCUACGUCUACCGCUACUUGGCCAGAUUAGACUCAGACGUGUCUCCCUUGGAGACAGACUCCUACCUUGCCUCUCUAAAGGAAAGUGUAGACGCCAAGAAGAACGGCAUGAUAGGACUUUCUGAUUUCUUCUUUCCAAAGAGGAAACUUUUAGAAAACCUUGAAAACUCUGAAGAUGUAGGCCAUUAAUACAGAGAAGAAUACAUUUUAAUGUCAAAAUAGUGCUCUUUAAAAUUCUGGCACCAAAUACAACUUACCCUGAAUCACA